GCUGUAGAUAACUAUGCUAGUGGUGCUGCAAUGACGUAAAAACUACUCCUUGAAAAACCUGUGUCAAAGGCAUGGUGGCUGAAAAGGAAGAAAUAUGAAUAGCAGUGCAACAGUGAAGAUAAGGAUAUAACUCGAUUUAAGCUGCUAAAAUGCUUUAAUGCCAGGUUUCAUGUGUGAUGGAAUAUGUUAUUUUUGUGAGAGGGUUAAACACUUUGUCCCUCGCCUCAGCUGGCAGUUAAGGAUUUCCAGGUCUGCCUGCUGGGAAGUAAAUUAAAUAUGUAGCUGCUUGUCACCUUUCCUCUGUUGCUGUGCUAAUGGAAGAGAAGCUUUUUUGCCGGUAAUACAGACAAUGAUCAUGGCUGCUGAGAUUUAUUAUUUUUUGGUAUCAGGAAGAAUGACAAAUCUGCAUUAUUUCCAGAAGGAUUUGGAAUUCUGAACAAAAGGAUCAUAGGCAUGCUUCAUUUUCUUAAAGCUGUGUCUAAGGAACUGGAGGCAUAGCAAACCUACACAAACUUUAUAAGCAUGGCUGAAAAAGAAAGAUGAACUGCUUUAGGAUGUCCUUGAAAUGUGAUGUUGGAUGGGUUUUUUAACUUCACUUGGAAGGAGCCCAGUAACAAAAGGGUGAAGCCACUUUCCAGAGUUACAUCGCUAGCGAGUCUCAUUCCUCCUGUACGAGCCACCCCGUUGAAGCGGUUCAGCCAGACACUUCAGCGUUCUAUCAGUUUCCGUAGUGACAGCCGCCCAGACCUGUUUAGUCCACGACCAUGGUCUCGAAAUAUGCCACCCGCGAACACCAAGCGGAGAGACAGCAAACUAUGGAGUGAAACUUUUGAUGUUUGUGUCAAUCACAUGCUUACAUCUAAGGAAAUCAAGCGUCAAGAGGCUAUCUUUGAACUUUCCCAGGGAGAAGAAGACUUGAUAGAAGAUCUGAAGUUGGCAAAAAAGGCUUAUCAUGACCCAAUGCUUAAACUUUCCAUAAUGACAGAGCAAGAGCUUAACCAAAUUUUUGGAACUCUGGACUCUUUAAUUCCUCUACAUGAAGACCUUCUUAGGCGACUUCAAGAAGUCAGGAAACCUGAUGGAUCAACAGAACAUGUUGGCCAUAUCCUUGUGGGUUGGCUUCCAUGCCUGAACUCCUAUGAUAGCUACUGCAGCAAUCAAGUAGCAGCCAAAGCUUUAUUGGAUCACAAGAAGCAAGAUCACAGAGUGCAAGAUUUCCUGCAGCGCUGCUUAGAGUCUCCUUUUAGUCGCAAACUGGACCUUUGGAAUUUCCUUGACAUCCCAAGAAGCCGUUUGGUUAAAUACCCAUUACUACUCAGAGAGAUUUUGAGACACACACCAAAUGACCAUCCAGAUCAGCAGCACCUUGAAGAAGCUAUAAAUAUAAUUCAGGGCAUAGUGGCUGAAAUCAACAUAAAGACUGGUGAAUCUGAAUGCCAGUAUUACAAAGAGAGACUUAUUUAUCUUGAAGAAGGCCAAAGGGAUUCAUUGAUUGAUAAUUCACGUGUUGUAUGUUGUCAUGGAGAACUGAAGAACAACAGGGGAGUGAAACUGCACGUCUUCCUCUUUGAAGAAGUUCUGGUGAUUACUCGAGCUAUCACCCAUAAUGAACAGCUCUGCUACCAGUUGUAUCGGCAACCAAUUCCAGUGAGGGAGCUUGUCCUAGAGGACUUGCAAGAUGGAGAGGUGCGACUGGGUGGAUCCAUACGCGGUGCGUUCAGCAACAAUGAGAGAAUCAAAAACUUCUUUAGAGUCAGCUUCAAAAAUGGAUCUCAAAGCCAGUCUCACUCACUCCAAGCCAAUGACUCUUUCAACAAACAACAGUGGCUUAACUGUAUCCGCCAGGCCAAAGAAAAAGUGACGUGUGCAGGCAAAGCUGGCGUGCUGAACUCAGAAGAACGUUUUCUUUUGUCACCAAAUGGAAGCAGAGUACCCCAGGGAGAAACCACGCUUGAGCAAAUGGACCAAUCAGACUGUGAGUCAGACUGUAGUAUGGACACCAGCGAGAUCAGCAUCGAUGGUGAACGUAUGGAACAGACAAACUCUUGUGAAAAUGAGAAACAAAUAGAAACCAAUGUUUGACAAAAACUUACAGUUUGUGGAAGAAAUUCUGUCUCUUACCUGUACAGUAUUUGCAUUCCAUACCUGGAACCAUUUGGAGAAGCACUUUUAAAAUAUUUUAUUUUGUGACAAUGUCAAUGCACUCCUUCUUGUAUUCGUACCUAUGAGUGUAGCACUGUAACUGCCUAAUCUGUAUAAGCUGGAAUCUUUUGCAACUUAUGCCCUGUGAUUAUAUUCCAUAAAAAUUUAAGGUGGAUGAAAGAGGUACUUGACCAGUUAUUCUCAACAUCCUGCUGUAAGCAGAAUCUCUCAACUACUGUAUAUGUGCAUUACAUAAAGAAUCUUUUCAUGAUUUUUAAAGUACUUUAUUUGCCCUUUAAUGGGGCAGCUGAAGAUGUGGACUUGAUAUGGAGUUGCAGGGUGGGUAUCAAGAUGAUAAGUUUUCAUAAAGGCAUGGAAAGGAAAACAGCUUUGUGGUAAAAAAGAAAACCAGCUUGCAAUAACCUGUCUGAACUCUCAUGGUAUUAAAUCAACAAGAACUUUGAACAGCCGACCAUGUAACCAGUGACUCUUUAGGGAUUAACUUUUUAAAAUGAAUCACUAUGCUAAGAUCCAGCAAUCAAAUUUAUUAAAAUCUGGUCAGUUAAAGUGGUCAACAUAGCGUUAUGGUUUAUUUAUCGAAACAUGUAAUGCUGAAAAUAAUCAACUGAAAAAACCCAAACCCAACCAAACCUCUAAACCCAGCACUGAAUUAAAUGAAAUGCUGAGAAUACUGGGUAUUUGUAAAUAAGCUGGUAGUUUGCCUUCAGUGCCAUAUAUAUAUAUAUAUUAUCCUAAACAGGAUAAGAAUGGAAAAAGGCUUUUGCUUGUGAAUAGGCCCUCUUCAGCAUUUUGCACUCCACUGACCUCCACUGUUGGUUUUAAACACCACUAAACUAAUGUUAAAACAUUUUAAUUUUCUGUAAGUGUCUGUUUACAAUUACAUGCAGUUGGUUUUUAAACUAAAUGACAAUUUAAUAUAAAUGGUGCUCUACAAAUACCCUAUGGGAUUAUGUAGAGAAAGUUUAAACAAAAAGGGAAUGCUUUUCCUUUAGGAUGUAUUACAUCCUUUAUAUUUUUUCUCAAGUUUUGAACUAGAAGUUUUUACUGCAUUUAAUCUCAUGCUGGAAUUGGAAAUGUUACUGUGUUUUCUGGUGGCUGAUUUAAUCUACCCAGUACGAUGAGGAGCAAUUGAGUCACUUAAAUGCAGUCUAAAACACUCAGUUCAACUUCCUGUUACUUUUCAGGAAUCCCUGGGUAAUAUUUUAUUUCUUAGUAUAAGAAACAAUGCCAGUGCUGUAUGGCAAGCUAUGGAAAUGGCAUAUUAAUAAAUUGAAUCAAUCCUUGAUAUUACACAAGAUAACCUGUGCAAAGUCCUCGUACCAACAAAAGUAGAAAAACUGCUGAGUUAUUGCCAAAACGAUUUUUCUUGUGCUCUACAAGUUUACAGGAAAUAGUAAAUGUCAAGUAUCUUACACAUAUACGUGCUGAUGUACAUUACAGAAAUCAGUGUGACAUGAUAAACAAUAGAAACCAAGGUAUUUUUAUUUUUUAAAAAAAAGUCAUUUUUACCCUAUAGAACUUACUUCUGUAUUUAUAGUUUUUUAAAAAAAGGUCAAUUUUCUUUUCUGUUUCAGGCUUUGUAAUUUAUUUCAACUGCUUCAUUUUUAGAGCUGAAUGAAUAUGCCAGAGAAGAUGAAAGGAAAAAAUUGAAGAAAAGGUGUAGGAAAGCAUAUUAGAUGAUGAACAAUUUUCAGAAAACCUGUUCAGCAAAAUGCUUAAAAACAGCAAAAAGUAUGUAAAGUGUUCAGGUAGAGAAGAGCGAGCAAAUGUGUGUAUUGAUUUUUUUUUUUUUUAAAAAAUAAUAGCCUUAAGCUUUUCUGGGAGCAUUUCAAAUAAAUUACGUUAAACCAUUUUGAUUUCUUAUUUGGUUUGGUUGUUUAUGAGAGAAGACUACAAAAUAGAUUUUAGCGGUGCACACAGUUCACAUGACUUAACAUGUGAACAAUGAUUAUAUUUUGGUUCUGGUGGAAGUGUUAUAUAUUUUAGAUCUAAUUUGCUUGAUACAAAAUAGUAAUGAAGAAACAAGUCCCUGCACUCAAUUCAGCACAUUCCCCCAAGUUUUGCAUUAUUUAAUCAGUUUAGUAAGUACAUGGAACAAAAACUUAAUAUUCUGCCAUCAGUUUCUUUGUCCUGAUUCCUUGUGGGUCACAUCUUUACUAAAUAUGUAUUAUUCCGAAACACUGAGAUGAUGAAUUUUGGGUCAUGUAAAAAGUCACUAACCAGACACCGAGUCUUAGAAGAUUAACCUUAUAUUUCUGUACUCUCUUUUAGCAUCCCACUUAGUGUCAUGUUUCUGUUUCUGUUUUGCCUUGUAGCUGACAUACACUUAAGAACUGAUUUAAUCUAAUAAAGCUUAGUGAUGUUUGUUUUCAAAUAAUCUGGAGGAAUAAGUCUUCCACUUUAAGAAUCCUAAUAGCUUGUUUUGCUUCUAACACUUUUAAAAUGGCACUGCUUUUGAAAGAAUGACUUUUGGGGAGAGGGCUGGACAAUAAAACAUACGAAAAAGGAUGGGUUAAAUGUAAAAUUAGGAAAGUAAAGAGAAAAAGUUAUGUCAGUAAAUAUGGCUAAGUGUUCAUCAUGGUAACCCUGGUGGCAGCUUAAAGGAGUCUGAGAGUUUGCAGCAGUGAACCACUGCAGCCAUGCUGUAUGCAUAGGCCUCUGCAUUGUUAUGCAGAAAUUGCUUUGCAUUUCUCAGGUCACUCCAUUGCUUGUGUAGGGUUUCCAGUAAUGAGACAGUUCAAAGCUAUGAAAUUUUUAUAUGGGAUCUCUAAGAGAUCUUGGAUCGCUCUUGUCUCCAGUGUGAGAAUGGUGCCAUGGCAUGAAGGUGAAUGGGAACAGGUGGA